AUGAAUUCAUGCUUAACGAAAGAAUUUCGUCAAACAUUUCACCUGAUACGGCACCUUUUUAGAAGAGAAAAGUUGAAUCCAAAAUCUAAAAACUGGUUUAAAAAGCAUUUAAAGGAAAAAUGGAAAGAAUGGGAGGAUAAAGAUAUUUCUGAAAGCUCUUUAUUGUCUCAUACGAUUUAUGAUGAUGCUUAA